CCCCCGAACGACCGCUGCUCCGGGCAAAGCGUCAAUAUAACUACUAUGGCUAUGGAUACCGCUACCCGGUUGGAUAUGCUUUGAACACCUGGUCCUAUAGCCCGUACAACUACAACUACCAAAUCCCGGAUCUUCACAUUGCAUCACCCUACGGACCAAGGAAUUAUCCGUGG